AUGGCAGCAGUGGUGGAUGCCUGUCAAUUAGGGACAGGUUUUUACUUCCAGCGCCUCAUAGAGGAGCCAAGAAGUUCCUCCUGGGCAAAAAACUGCAGCUUCAAAUGGUUAUCAAAGGGUUUCUUGAGCAAGCCUAUACUCAAGUCCUCUCCUCUGCCAUUUCAUGGGGGCAUGAGCAAUGUGCAGAAGAAAAAGGGCUUCCAUGUUUUAUCUCCCAACAUCUCCUCACCAAGCACAGCAGUCGAAUCACUUGAAGCUUGGGACGAUGAAUAUGAUGGGGUCAUUAUUAAUCCACAGAGCUUGCCUUCCAGUGCAAAUGCCUUUGCAUCUGCCCUUCGAGCUUCUUUGUCCCACUGGAAGUUUAAGGGGAAAAAGGGCGUAUGGCUCCAAAUACUACAAGAGCAAUCUGAUCUUGUUCCAAUUGCAAUUCAGGAGGGCUUCAAUUACCACCAUGCAGAAUCAGGAUAUGUUAUGUUAACAUAUUGGAUUCCUGACGAGCCCUGCUUGCUUCCUGCUAGCCCUUCACAUCAAAUAGGCGUUGCAGGAUUUGUGAUUAAUGACAAAAAGCAGGUCCUUGUGGUGAAAGAAAAAUGCCCUUGUAGGUGCUCGGGUUUCUGGAAGUUGCCCACUGGUUAUAUCAACAAGUCUGAAGACAUAUUCGAUGGAGCUAUCAGGGAAGUGAAAGAAGAAACUGGGGUUGACACGAUCUUCCUGGAAAUGGUUGCUUUCAGACAUGCCCAUCUUGUGGCUUUUGAGACGUCGGAUUUGCUCUUUGUGUGCAUGCUUAAGCCAUUGUCCUAUGAAAUCACAAUCGACGAGAAGGAAAUUGAAGAUGCCAAGUGGAUGCCAAUUGAUGAAUUACUCGGACAGCCAUUUUAUCAAGAAGACCACAUGUCAAAGAAGGCCAUUGAAAUUUGUAUAGCAGCAUAUGAAAAUCGUUACAGUGGAUUCAUAGCAAAUCAGCUCGUCUCAAAAUUUGAUGGCCAAUUAUCAUACUUGUAUUAUGAUGAAUCAAACCAAAUUUAG